AUUUAGCACCUAAUAAUUAAAUAGUUUGCUGUUGAAGAGGCAGGGACUUUUAUGAAAGAAAAGUAAGAAGAAGGAACAGCAAAACUAAAAUACGCAAUAACAUUGUUCUGAGCGUUUGAUAGAAUUAGAAGCUAAAGAUUUGGACUUAUCAAUCAUCAUGAUCAUUCCACGAAUCUCUAACCGGAACUGGAGCCUACUAGUGAUCGGGCUCUGUUCGCUGGGUGGUCAUGCAGUAAACCUGAUACCUUUCUCGUACGGCAUAUUGCAGGUUUACAUUUAUUCCUACUUAUAUGAAGCAAAUAACGAGAUAACGAAAGCUCAAAUGCACAUGCACGCUCCCUUGGUUCUCGGUAUGGCGACUGGAACUGCGUGGUCCUUUGGCUUGUUUGUUAGGUACGUUCACCCCGUGAUAUUGCACGUGAUCAACGGUGUGGCUCUAAGUGGCUGGAUGAUUCUCCUCUACUUCUUCACUGACAACUACAUCGUUAUCACCGUUUCUAUGACGUUUGUUGGAUUCCACCUGGGUCAGUUGCACAUCUUCUUCUCCCAACGUGUGACAGAGGAGGGUAAAACUCGCUCCUCCUCAGCUAACGGAUUUUACGGCUUCUGGUUUGGUGUGGCUGGAGUGUGGGGUAAUCUACUUGGUUUCUUUUAUUUCAACCCUAGCAAUCUUCCAAGUUCUGACUUUACUGACGCGGAUGGAAAAAUCGGGACGCUGUUCAAACAGGAAGAGAUCCUCGACAAAGUACCGACAAUGUGGCUCAUCCUCGCUGUCGUUUUGUUCUUCUGCUUCCUUCCAGGCUACUUCGUCAUCGGAAUAACAAGAAAAGGAAGACCUGCCUCGAUGAGAUCUGCCAGAUUCCCUUCUAAAAGGAGAGAUAGGUCUAAGAGCAUCAUUGCUAGGGUUGUAGAGAAUUCUUACGGGUUGGAGGAGGAGGACGAACAGGAAGGAACCAGUUCUGCAAAUAAUACGGCUCCGAUACGGAUAAGAUUAAAGAAAAGAAGCAUUGCAACAAUCAAAGAAGUGGACGAGCAAGCUAAAGAGUCAAAUAUCAGCGUUGUAUCGGGAGUGGGCUUAGUUCUCUUUACCACAACGGUAGGUAUUGGUGUCAGCAGUUUGUGCGCGUUUGAAUUGUUCAAAGAGUUCGGCACCAGCGGUGAACACAACGCUUCAGCUGACAAGUUUUAUAACCUAGCUGGAAUUAUCAUCCCUGUGGUGGGUGCCCUCGGAAGGAUAUUGUGGGGGAUAUUGGGUGACAAGGUCUCGUAUAGGAUACUGUUUGUAGUGGGGAAUGUUCUGAGUGUCAUUCUUCAGGUGAGCAUGGCACCAGGUAGAGUAGACAAGUACCUGUAUGUAGCGAUAGUGUCUGUUCUAGCCAUUAUGCCGGGGAUGAUGACUCUUUUACCUCCGGCUAUCAAACACUUCAUGGGCAAUAAAGAUAUUGGGCUCAAGUUUGGGAUGGUACUAACCGGUGAGGUGUUCGGAUGUAUGUACUACCUACUGUUUGCGUCCGUACUACGAAAACACAUCUCGGACUUGAUACUGAUGUUAGUUCUAAGUUUACCGAGUGCUCUAGCACUCUUCCCUACACUCUACUUUCUGGGGAGGAGCACAAAGAAGGAGGAGGAGAUCACUGUGCUUUCCAACAGGGCUUCCAAAUACGAUUCUGUUGAAGAAACGAACCACAGCUAAAAUCAAAUACAAUUAUAACAAUAGUCUGUGGUUAUGUACUGUUCUUGCAUGUGAUUGUACAAGGUGUUUCAAAAGUCUUGCAAGGAUGUUCUUUUUGGAUAACUUUUAAUCCAUUUGUCUAAACUUCAUUCUAUAAAAAUGUAUCGGUAGUUCUAAGGACUAAGGUUUAAUGGUGACUUCUCAAGUUUUUACGUUACCAUGACCACCAUAGCAACCGCAAUCAGUUUGAUUCAUUUUUAUAUUAUGUGAAUUCAACAAUACGGUUUUGGAUCAUUU